UGAAUAUAAAACGUAGCGUGCAAUAACAGAUGUGUUGCAUUAAAAUAUUUGGUGUUUUUACAUAUUUUUAUUUUCUUUUAUUGCCUCUAGGUCCACGGAUAAACCAAAUGAUCAUCCUGAGAGCCAUUGCGUUUAAGUGUCUUAUUUUCAUACGUAUAAAAGUUCCCACAUUAAAUUCACUUGCACUGCCAAUACCGACUCUGACCAAUCCGAGUCUGAAUGCUUUAAUUCACGACCCAUAACGACGAUCGACAAAUUAAUUCCGCUCCAGUCCGCCGAUAAAUUCUGCGUCAGGUUUUGCUAUUGCCUCGCAUGUUUCAUUAGCUGUGGGUGACAGACUCGCAACAACCAGCGAUCUCUUUUUCUAUCGCUAUCCUUCUCUCUCACAACAAACGCCGGGAAUUGCAGGAAAUAUUACAUUUCUCCCGGACAAUUGGAGUUUCCUAACGGGUUACAAAGACGGAAUUCACAUCGGAGGAAGCGCCGCUCAUGCCAAACAAACGCACACGCCUUUUCGGUCCACGCGCUCCGGACCCAUAUCAGUCCAGCACAGAAUAACUAUUGUGGCAGGAUCAAGCAAGUGUUUCGAGUCCAGACAGAAACAUUUUAGUGAUAUAACAGCCGGUUGCACUUGCAUGAACCGCUUUUGCCAUCAUUGGCUUAUUCCAUAUGACUUCUUGAAUACUGGAUGGCAGUCUGAAGGGGAACCGUACGGCUGCGGGACCGAGUCCGGGAAUGCCAUUUGUUCAGAGCAACAUAGACGAGCAUUGUGUCGUGCUGUUUUUUCCUGGGGACAGGUGUCGUUGUGUGCGUUGUUUGGGGUGGGGGGUUAGUUGUCGGCGGUACGGACAUGCAAGAAGCGACACAGUUGUCUUAAAGAUGUCAGAUAAGGGCGCGCGGAGACAGGUGCGAUAGAGAGGACUGGAUUUCAAACGGACCCCUCCUCUCAGUCAGUCUGGAUUAUAGUCCCGAAGUGUCGAGUCAUUCACGUUUCUCCACGGCUGUUAUCGAUGCUUUCUGGGAAUUUAUGAGUGUGUGGAGCAAUUCAGCUGGGAGCAGAUAAACGCAAGAUAUUGUGAAGCAAAAGGAAAGCGCCAGAGCUCCACUGCCAUGACGACGGUAGUCAGACCUUUUAUCAGAGUCCUCUUGCUCCUGCGGUUGGUGUGUGCCGUCUUCCCGGAGGAACCAGGACCCCUGAACUUCGUCCCCACUGAAGUGGUCAGACGGUAUCCAGUGUUUCUUGGACGGCCUCAUCGCUCAUCUCUCAGACAAGAGCCUUUACACAUCCAAAGAGUCCUGCAGGUCAAUCGUACCCUUUAUAUCGGAGCCAGGGAUGACCUUUUCCGUGUGGAGCUGGACAAUGUGGUGGGUGAAGAGAUGUUUUACAGCAAGAAAAGGACGUGGGAAUCCAACAAAAACGACAUCCGAAUCUGUAGAAUGAAGGGAAAGCAUGAGGACGAAUGCCGUAACUAUAUGAGGGUCCUGCUCAGCCGGCAGAGUGGAUUGUUUAUUUGUGGGACCAACGCCUUUAAUCCUUUAUGUGCCAACUACACCGGAGACACAUUAGAGAUGAUUGGUGAAACUGUCAGUGGGAUGGCCAGAUGCCCAUAUGAUCCCAAACAUGCCAACGUGGCCCUGUUUGCAGACAGGAAUCUCUUCACUGCAACAGUGACUGAUUUCCUGGCUAUUGAUGCUGUGAUAUACAGGAGUUUGGGGGACAAUCCUGCUCUGAGAACUGUAAAACACGACUCCAAAUGGUUUCGAGAGCCGUACUUUGUGAGCGCUGUGGAAUGGGGGCCGCAUGUCUACUUCUUUUUCAGAGAGAUGGCCAUGGAGUUCAACUACCUGGAGAAGGUGGUGGUGUCCCGUGUGGCACGCGUGUGUAAAAGCGAUCAGGGCGGUUCACAGCGCGUGCUAGAGAAGCAGUGGACGUCAUUCCUGAAGGCUCGGCUAAACUGCUCCAUCCCUGGAGAUUCACACUUCUACUUCAACCUCCUGCAUUCCACAAGUCCCAUCAUUCGUAUGCACGGCAGGGAUAUCAUCCUCGCUGUCUUCUCCACGCCAUCCAACAGUAUUCCCGGAUCUGCAGUUUGCGCCUUUGACAUGGAACAGCUGGCUGGAGUGUUUGAGGGAAGAUUUAAAGAGCAGAAAUCACCCGAGUCCAUAUGGACACCUGUUCCAGAUGAGGUCGUGCCCAAACCAAGGCCGGGUGGUUGUGCUGUACAGGGAUCAAAGUUUAACUCCUCAAACUCUUUCCCAGAUGACAUGCUUACCUUCGUCAAGACUCAUCCAUUGAUGGACGAAGCGGUCCCAUCUUUGGGUCAGAGACCCUGGAUUGUUAGGACUAUGGUCAGAUACCAGCUGAAUAAAAUGGUGGUGGAUACAAACGCUGGUCCCUACGGUAACCAGACAGUCCUCUUCUUGGGGUCCAGCCGAGGGACCAUCCUCAAAUUUCUCGUCACACCGAAUACAGAUAAUACAGUUUCAAAUAACAAUGUAUUUUUGGAGGAACUGGAAGGCUACAACCCUGAUAGGUGUGGGCCGGACUCUCCUCAGGCCAGACAGCUGCUGUCUCUCACUCUGGACCGCAUCAGUCACAGCCUCCUGCUGGCUUUCCCAUCCUGCGUUAUCAAAGUGCCUGUAGCACGCUGCCAGCUGUAUACACGCUGUAUGAAGAACUGCAUCGCCUCACGGGAUCCCUACUGCGGCUGGACCAGAGGAAGCACCUGCUCUUUCCUACGUGCGGGUACCAGACUUCCCUUCGAGCAAGACGUCGAGCACGGAAACACGUCUCACUUGGGCGACUGUGACGGUCUCCUGCCGGAGACUUUCAUAGAGGAACCAGAUGGCUUGGUGUCUGUAAACCUGCUGGUGGUGUCCGCAGUUUCCGCGUUUGCCACUGGGGCGGCGCUGUCGGGUCUGAUGGUGUGUUGGAUAAUGAGCCUCAAGCUGCGGCAGCGAACCAGAGGUGGUGGAUCUGGCUUGGGGGGUCGCCGCAAGAGUGACAAGGAGCAAAGCAUGCUGGGACACGGACGCAGCGGUUCCAUAAUCAGCGUCACACGAAUUAGCGGCGUCGAUCGACCUCGCUCACAAGUAGAGAAUAUGUUCUCCAACGGCUGGCCAAAGUCUGGAGACCUAGACACAGGACUUCCUACACCGGAGCAGACUCCUCUGCAGCAAAAACGACCCACUCCUAAUGUUCACCUCACAGACUGCGAUUGGGACCAGACCCAUACUUUCCUCACCCAAACAGGAACGCCUAACUCUGCUGUCAUAUACCUGAGCUCCAAAUACUUGCAAGGUGGGCGCCAAGACGGAUCGGGUGACGUGCCAUCUCGCUAUCUCAUUCUUUCCCACCCCCCCAGUCAGCGGGAACAGGGUGGGCGGGUAUCCGCCCCAACAACCCGCAACUCUGCAGGCGAGUACAACUAUCCGGCCACCCCUCAGGACUCACCUGACCGUAGGAGGGUGGUGUCUGCUCCGACCACGCAGACGGACUAUGGCGAAAACGUGCGUUGGUCCCGCGAUGAGUUAAAUUUGAAUAGCAACAACCCAACUCCCUCCGGCCACCACCCCUAUCCGAUUCAGCCACGCACUAAUGCUGCAUUAGUGCGACCGACCCACCAUACCCAACGGGGACUCGGUGAGCUUCAAGACUAUAGCCACCUUCUGGUGAAAAGCGUAAAUGAGCGUAACCCUAACGGACAGUGAUUGGUCCUAUUCGGACCCUUCGGUAACUUAUCCCCAAGACAGACUCAGACAAGACUCUCCUUUUGUAAUCCUGCCCUACCUGUCCUCACUCACUGCCAUCCAGUGUCUUUUAAACCCCAUGAAUGGCUGAGCUCUAGGACUGCAGAUGUGAUCAAUCGGCCAGAUAUCACACGAGUGAGCGAGAACAAGAGUGUUAGCUAAUGGCUGACGGCCAUUAGCGGCACGAUGCCAUUUAGCACGUUAGCACAUUAGCGUCUUCUAUCCAAUAAACCGGAAGGAUUGCUUGGGAAUAACAGAGGUGUUGGCCGAUGAUACGCUGCAUAAUCAUAAUCCUACAAACGACUACGUUGACUGUUUAGCGAAAACAGAAGUAGUCACGGAUCGUCUCUCCGUGUAGCCCUGUGAAUCAUCCGGUGGAUGUGACCCGUUUCGUUUUCACCUUCCGUGGGACUGUGUAUGUCCCGGCUCAAUCUUCCUCACGUUUGUUAGCUUUGGUGCGAGUGUGUGUGUGUGAGCCACUGCAAAACAUGAAAAAUGUGUUUAUCGGCCGAGUUAAUGUGAACUGACACUGGACUUUCAUAAGUGAAUCUGAUGUCAAUUGACUGAAUCCUCUUCCCCUAACCCACUAUUAAGUGUCAGGAAGCAAUCAAGACAACUGCCAUGUGACUUUAUGUAAAGAUCUGUGUGCUGUUGUAUCAGAUGUGACUGGGUGAGGAACAACCUUAGCCAAAAGUCAUGGAAGAAUCGACCCAUGCUUAAAGGACACCAGCGCUAGAGAAGCACUGUGGAAAAGACUUUUAUUGUGUAUAGGAACAUACAGUAUGUUGUUUGGGUGGACCCAUUUUUUUUGGUUUUAAUAUAUAUAUUAAUAUUAUAUGGAUUCCAAAACUAAAAAGGUUUUUGGUGUUUUUUUUUAUUUUGUAUUGUGUUUUUAUAUCUACCGUUAAAUUUUGCAAAGCAUAUGAAGCUCUUUCUUUUCACUCUUUCUCUCUCUUUAUUUCUGUGUGUCAUGCAUACGUUUCUUUAAGAGAAGUUGGUAAGUAGAAAAUCACUGAAACACUUUCUCUGUCUUUAUCUUUUUCCCUCUCUCUGCUGUCCAUUGACUAGUAUGUAAGCGUGGUUGUCUGGGCCGAGUUGGGCCGCUAGGGAGCUGCAUUCAGAACGUAUCUGUGACACUGAGACUCUUUGUGCAGCCCAGCCAGAGAAGACCAUCCCAACAAAUAGCCGUUAAGGAGUCAUGGCCUCAUAGAGACCAUCAGCCCAGUCUAGGAGAAUGUCAAUGAGAUGCCAAACAGAUCGGACCCCUCUGGGUCCCCACUAGCUGACGGCCUUUAGAAAGCACAUGGAAUCAUGGGACAGAUUAAUACAAUGUUACACUAAAAAAAAAAUCUAACUCAAAAAGCUGCCAGUGGCACUGUGCCCACUUCAACCGUUGUACGGUCUCUUUUAGCCUUUUUUGGAUUGGUGUUUGUUUGUUUCAAGGUUGCAAACCACAAAGGAGGCAUGAAAGAAAUAGUGAAAAAUUGAAAAUGUAUUCACUUCUUAGUCUCAUCUCUGCUUUCAAUACACCAGUGUCUCCACUAGAGGGCAGUCAUGCACGUUGAUAAGGCAGGGUGUGCUGUUCAACAUUUACACUGGUGCAUUUGGCAGAUGCUUUUAUCCAAAGUGACUUCCCAUGCAUUUGAGCUGUACAUCAGUAUGUUGCAUUAGCAAUGUUUAAGAGAGCUACAGAAAUACGCUUAAUGCAUGAGAGGUUAAGUGUCAGCACCUAAUCACAUGCAAUAAGCAAAAACACUCUUAAAGGGAUAGUCCGCCGAAAAAAAUAAAAUUCUGUUAUCAUUUACUCACUUUCAUGUUGUUACAAACCUGUAUACAUUUCUUUGUUUUGAUGAACAUGAAGGAAGAUGUUUGUAACCAUACCAAUCAUGAGCCCCAGAAAGAAAAAAGAAUACUAUGGAAGGUAAUGGGGCUUGUGAACCCCACUUUGGUUACAAACAUCUUCCUUCAUGCUCUUCAGAACAAUUACAUUUAUACAGGUUUUAGUGCUGGGCAAAGAUUAAUAAAAAAAAAAAAAUAAUAAUUCGCAUAGCCUAAUAUAUGUGUGUGUGCUGUGUGUAAUUAUUAUGUAUAUUUAAACACACACGCAUACAUGUAUACAUUUCAGAAUUCUUUUAUUUAUAUAUAUAUUUUUUAAAAUGCGUAUAUAUAAUAUAGAAUAUAUAAAAAUAUUAGGGCUGGGAAAAGAUUAAUCGCGAUUAAUCGCGUACAAAAUAAAAGUGAUUUUUGGCAUAAUAUAUGAGUGUGUGCUGUGUGUAAUUAUUAUCUACAUAUAAAUACACACACAUUCAUGUAUGUAUUUAAGAAACAUAUACAUGUGUAUAUAUAUUUAUUUAUAUUUUUAUAUAUU